GCACACAGCAUGCUGUGUGCCCUGAUUCUCCUACCCAGCCUUCUGGGGGCCACGGCCAGCCCUGUCUCGGGCCCCCAGGAGUGUGCCAAGGGCUCCGAGGUGUGGUGCCAGGACCUGCAGGCAGCUGUAAGGUGCGGGGCUGUGGAGCACUGCCAAAGGGCCGUCUGGAGCAAGCCCACUGCCAGGUCACUGCACUGUGCCAUGUGCCAGGAUGUGAUGGCCGCUGCUGGGAACGGGCUGAACCCUGAUGCCACAGACUCUGACAUCCUAGCAUCAGUGACGAAAACCUGUGAAUGGCUUCCUGGCCAGGAGUCUUCAGCCAGAUGCAAGUGGAUGGUGCAGACCCACAGCCUGGUCGUCCUAAGCAUGCUUCGCGGAGCCCAAGGCAGCACCCCGGCACUGGUGUGCACCUCGCUCACACUCUGUGAGACACUACAGAAGAAUCUGGCCGCCCCCGGGGGACCCCUGUCCCAGGAAUUUGCAUCUGAGGCAGUAGCUCCAUUUAUGACCAAUGGAGCCCUCAGUUUCCAUCCUCCACAGAUGCCUGGGGGUGCUGUGUGCCAAGACUGUAUCCAGCUGAUCUCGCAGCUCCACAGUGCUCUGAGGUCCAACUUGACCUUGGCCGAGGUGAACGUCCAGGAGCAGUGUGAGUCCCUGGGGCCUGGCCUGACUGUCCUCUGUAAGAACUACAUCCACCAGCUUCUAACCCCGGCAGAGCAAACACUGCAGCUUCUCCCCCCGCAGGAGGUCUGUGGGAAGGGGGGCUUCUGUGAGGAGCAGAAGGGACCUGCCCACUGGUUGGCUCAAGUGGCUGCUGUGGAGGGGGUCCCCUCCCUGGAGUUGGGGCUGCCGAGGAAGAGCGAGAUCCAGAUGCAGUCCGGCCUGACCUGUGAGGUGUGCCUGGAUGUGGUCCAGGAGCUGGACCGGUGGCUCAUGGCCAACAGCACCGAGGUCAUCAUCAGCCACGCUCUGGAGCGUGUGUGUUCAAUAAUGCCUGCUUCUCUGGUCCAGAAGUGCAUCACCUUGGUGGAUACCUACAGCCCCUCUUUGGUGGAGCUGGUUUCCAGAGUCACUCCAGAAAAAGUGUGCACGACCAUUCGGCUCUGUAGCAGGCGAAGGCAAGCCCGGUCCUUGCUGAAGGUCCCUGCCACUGUGCCGUCCCCGCUGCAGGAUGAGGAGAACCAGGGUACCUUCUGCAGUGGCUGCAAGAGGCUGCUUGGAUUGUCUGCCCAGAACCUGGAGCGCAAGAGCACGAGGCGGGACAUCCUGAUGGCUUUCAAGGGUGGCUGCAGCAUCUUGCCGUUACCAUACGUGACACAAUGUAACCACUUCGUCACCCAGUACCAGCCUGUGCUCAUUGAGAGCCUCAAGGUCAUGAUGGACCCCACAGCGGUGUGCAAGAAGAUGGGGGCCUGCCACGGCCCCAGAACCCCACUGCUGGGCACCGACCAGUGCAUCCUGGGCCCCAGCUUCUGGUGCAAGAGCCAGGAGGCUGCCAAGCUGUGUGACGCCCUGCAGCACUGCCAGCGCUUUGUGUGGAAAGAGACACACACGUCCUCCCCCUCUGGGGAGCAUCCGUGACCCUGGCCGCCACAGCCCAGAGCCUGCAAGGGCUGGCCGCACCCAGGGCACUCCUACAUUCCACAGGGACCCUAUGAGGUGGGUGCUGUCCCCAUCCCCAUGACACAAAUGAGAAACUGAGGCUCUUGAGAAGGGAGGCUGGGAAGGAGCAGAGCUGGUUUUCAAAGCCAGGUGCCUCUGACCCA